AUGCUGGGUGAGCAACAACAGCACUUAACAGCCUUGGCAUCCCAGAACCAUUCUCAGCCAGCGUCUCGGGUCAGUUCAUCGCCAGGCGCUGUAUCAAAUGCAAACCGUGGAUCAAUAAUCAGUGCUUCCGUGAUUGGGACGCAAGCCGCCGAAGACGAGCCUCUGCAUUUCUCCUCGGUUUUAAGAGAGCCGCUGGACGUAGCAUCCGAACCGAUGAAUAUUCCGGCCGAGCACAAGACCUCUUCAAGUUACCUCCUAGGUCUCCCAGCCGUGAAAAUGCUAGUGGGUGAGUAUCCAACAAACCUAUUCUUCCUCCUAGAGACCCAGACUCCUCUGCCACCGGAGCUGUCUCCAGAACAGUCGCAGAAUCCGCUGCCACCUUUUCAGGUUGAUCGAUCGGUGCUUGACCACCUAGUUGCCACCUUCUUCUCUUCGGUGCACGUUAGCCAUCCAGUACUCGACCAGGCAGAGUUUACGGAAAUCUACGAAAGGUUCCUGGAUAAGGGAGCAAACUCGAGCACUGAGUGCCGUCUCCGGUCAACCGAUAAGAUCAUGCCAUCCACAAACUUCACCCAAUAG